CAUCCACAUGGCUUGCCUCGCUUCUCUCCCUCCCGAGCUUCUCAUCGCCAUCGUCGAGGCGGCCGCAGGCCCCGUCACCUACAGUGGGUCGACCGACCGCCGCGACACGCUCCUGCGCCUCAGCCUCGUCGGCCCGCUGCGGCACGCGGCACAACAGUGCCUCGCUCGCGCCGUGCAUGUCAGGACGCCCGCGCACCUCGAAGCCGUACGGCGAGCGACGAGCGCGGUCCACCUCCAGUUCCUGUACCUCGACAACUCGGAUGUGGACUUCACGGUCGUCUCGCCGAGAUACCGUCUCGACGUCGCGGUAUCCCAGGCCCUGCGCGCCGUCGCGCUCAUCUUGUUGGACGGCGACCUCGACCUCGACCCACUCGCCGCACUGCCCGAGCUCGAGGAUCUGCGCAUCGACGGCUGCAUCAUCAUCAUCUCGCCGCACGUCGUUUUCGACAACGUCACGCGCCUCGAGGUCUGCUAUACCGUCGCGCGCAAGGAGCACAAGGACAUCUUCAUCUCGUCGUCGUGCAUGCCGCGCCUGCGCCACAUGCGCUCGAUCCAUCACGAGGGCGAGGACCGCCCGUACGACAUGUCGCCGUACCUGCGCCCUAACGAGGCCCUCGUCCAGCAGCUCGUCACGCUCGAGUACAACUACAUCCCGGCCAUCGAGCAGUACGACAGCAUGGGCGACAGCGAGUGUCGCACGCUCUACGCCGUCGACCUCGCCGUCUUGCCCGCGUUCUUUGUGGGAGCUACGAGCUCCGCCAGCAAGGUCCGCCACGUCCGCCUCGAGCCGCCCAAGCUGCACAACGUCAACCCGCACAUCACUAUGCAGCUCGUCGAGGAGAACUUGCGCCGCAUCUCGUGGCUCAUCGAGAACAACGCCCCGCUCGUCGCCGACCUGCGCACCCUCCUCUUGCCCACGACUUUGCGCGACCUGCCUGCGCUGCUCGAGCUCGUCAAGACGGUCGAGACGUCUUCAAAGUCUCGGAACCGCACCAUCAAGGUCUACUUCUCGAACGACUCGGGCAGGGACGUGCCACUCGGGCAGCCGACCCUCUUCAUGCACCUCGCCGAGCACGGCGGGCUCGACGGCUGA